UCGUCUGCGACAUUACGAUCUACAUUUCCGACAGGUGAUUGCAUUCCGGUGCUCGAAACAAUAUUUCUAUGUCUUAAUAACAAAAAAAAAGAGACAAUAUGGUUGGAAGAGGAGAAGUGAAACAGGCUCGUUGCACAGGGUCGAGCCAGAGGUUGAAGAAAGAUUGGAUAAGCCUAUUACCUGAUCCUUUGAUAUCUCAGAUACUUUCUCUUCUCCCAACAAAGGAAGCUGUGAGAACAAGCCUUUUAUCAACCAGAUGGAAACCUCUCUGGCUUUGGGUUUCUUGCUUGGAUUUGGCAUCUUGUGAAUUCCCAGAUCUCAAUGCCUUUGUGAGUUUCGGUGACAGAUUUUUCGAUUCCAGUAGGGUUUCAUGCAUAAGCCAACUCAAUAUACAUGUUCUUGAUGGAACUGAAGACGGUGUACAUGUUGUCCCUUUUCUCGAGUCAUGGAUUGAUGCUGCAGUUAAACGCAAGAUCCAACAUCUAGAUGUUUGGUGUUCUCCAGGUCAUAUCAUUUAUCAGGUCCCCAUUAGCAUUUAUACAUGUGAGAAACUGGUCUCCUUAAAACUCUUUCAGAUGAACAUGGUUGAUGAUGCCGGGUUUGUCUCUUUACCUUGUGUAAAGACUAUGCAUUUGAAGCAUGUUUGGUUUCCCAACGAUUCCACCUUUGAGAGGCUUGUCUCUUGCUGUCCUGCCUUGAAAGAGUUGGAGAUCGACGUGCGUGGUGUUAAAGUCUUUCGAGUGCACUCUCUGUCACUGAAGAGACUCGUUUUCGAACGACGUUUUACUGCUUUCGAGGUUGUUUCUGUUUUGGGAGUUGUGAUUGAUGCUCCUCUGCUAGGCUUUUUGAAGAUGGAUGAUCGUUACUCUGAAAGUGUUGUAAUAAAGAACCUGGAUUCCAAUGCCAAGUUAGAUGUUUCUCUCGGCUUUGGUGAUGUUUUUGAUGAAGCAAGUGUUUCAUCAAAGAGAAACAAAGUCCGGGAGUUUCUUCCCGGGAUUUCAAAGGUUGGAGAAAUGAUCAUAUCUGCAGAGACUUUCAUGGUCUUUCAUCUAAAUUCCAGUUUACAAUCUCUGCCUCAAUUUGAUCUCAUGUCCCGCCUGGAAGCUACAGUCUGUCUAUCUGAUUUAAUAUGGUUGCCAACUUUUCUUGAGCGCUGCCCAAAUCUGAAAUUUCUCGUCUUGGCAUUGGAUAAUUUAAUUGACGAGAUCGGUUCUGAGGAGAUGAAUAUAAUCAGUUUUUCAACUGUGCCAGAGUGUUUGCUGUCGUCACUCAAGUUUGUUGAUAUCAAAAGCAGCUUCUCUGGAAAUGCUGCUGAAAUGAAGCUAGUGAGGUACUUACAAGAGAACUCCAUAAUCCUCGAGAAAAUAACUCUACGUUUGAGUUCAUGUGCAGAUGAUAUUGUCGUCAUCACGAAACUCCUGGAAAUCCCAAGACGCUCUAUCAACUGUCAAGUCCUCGUCCUCUGAUUGGUAAAGACUAGAGAGAGAGAUCAUGUGAAGCUCAAGCUCUUUCUACACAAUACGUGUAGGAGUAGGCUUUGUUUAUUAUAUUUCUUUUUGGAGUA